AUGGAAUUUACUCUGAUCGCCGAUACAGUCGCAGUCUGCACGGCUAAGCAAGGCUUAGUGUUUGGGAAGUCUCUCCUUCAUCGAUUGGAUUUGGCGGCCAAUCACAUUUCAUUCGCCGAUUACGCCGCUGAUCAGUCAUUGGGCGGAAUCGUACAAUCGUCGGCGGUUGUCUUCCCCGUCGAUGCAAUCGCGCCUCCACCUGUCAGAUCCAGCUCUUACAAGACCAUCCGCCGGAUCCGUAAAAGACGGCGUACCAGUACCAGGCGGGUCUCCUUCAGCGGUGAUUCGGACGACGGAGGUGAUUUUGGUCGUUUUUUGUUAGAAGGCGAUUUCGGUGGUAACGACGGUCCAUUCGGAUUCGGUGGUGGCGGUGGCGGUGGAAAGGGAUGGAAUUCAGGAGGAGGUGGUGGUAACUGGGACGAGUCUUCGUCUUGGUCUGAUCCAGCAAUGGAAUUCGUGUACGAAGUGAUUUGCUGGAUCGCUUUAUCCAAUUGCGUCCACUUCGCAUUCAAGAGGAUAGUGAGGAUCGUGACGGACGGUGAUAGGGAGAAGCUGAACAUUGAAUUAUCUUCGGUUUGCUGA